GCCUGCCCGCCCGCCCUCCCGUGCUGCCCCGCGCGCCGGCGCUGCUGCAACCGUUGGGACCAUGGCGGCCGGCGGUGAGGUGUUGGCGUUGCCUGCGGAAUGGCGGCUCUACCUCGUCCCGGCCCGCGCCGCCACCUUCCGUAACUGGCCUUUCACCGAGGGCUGCGCCUGCACGCCGGAGAGGAUGGCGUCGGCGGGGUUCGUGCACUGCCCCAGCGAGAACUGCCCGGACGUGGCCCAGUGCUUCUUCUGCUUCAAGGAGCUGGAAGGCUGGGAGCCCGACGACGACCCCUUGGAGGAACACAGAAAACACUCUGCUGGCUGUGCUUUUCUCUCCCUCCAGAAGGAUCCGGCUAACCUGACGUUGCAGGAGUUCCUGAAGCUGGACAAAGAACGAACGAAAAAUGCAAUUAAAAAACAAAUUUCUCAGAAGGUGGCUGAGGUUGAAGAUGCAGCCAAGUGCAUGCGUCGUGAAAUAGAGAAUCUUGCCUCCUAGGCAAUUGUAGCCUCUCACUUGCCUGUGGUAUCUGUCUUGUAUAUAUGCCCUGACAUUGCCCCUUUGACUCAGUCAUUGUCUUUCCUGAGAACACUUCCAUGCUGGCCAUAUCUGUCAGGAGCAGAACAGCUCUGAAUUCUCCUUCAGUCACCUGAUUCUGUCAAGGAAGUAUGUUGUGUUUGAUGCUCUGCAUGAAUAAUCUUUUUCAGCAGGGAUUCUUCUCUUCUUCCUGUUGGUUUAAUUAAGGGUUACUACUUGUUUUUGUUGUUGUUCUUACUUUUCUUACACCUAGCUGUUACUAUUUGGGGGAUGCUUGUAGCCCCAGUGUAAAAACUGUUUCCUGCAAAGGUUGAUAGUCACUUCCAUUCUUCUGUUGAAUAUAUCAGUGCUUACUGAUACCUUUGGAAAUAAACAGGGGAAGGGGGGGGGGGGGUUUCAAGACUCCUUCAGGGAUUUAGGAACAUGGCUAAUAACUUUUAAAAGUUCAUACCAAAUCUUAGUUUGCCUGUUAUAUGUAUACUUCUGUCUGUAGUUGUCUGCUGCCUCAUGUUGAUGUGUUUAUAAAUAAAAGUGGAAGCCAAAACAGUGA